AUGGCAUCCACAGUCGCCGUUGGCGCCGGCAUUGCUGCUGCUGCUUUCUUUGGUCGCGCAGGUCUAGUUGCUUUCCGUCGAUGGCGCAACCCCAACGGUCUCAACGCUCUCGGCCGACCAUUCUACAAAGGCGGGUUCGAACCGAAAAUGAACAAGCGCGAGGCCGCUCUGAUUCUGGACCUGAGCGAGCGGACACUCAGCAAAGACAAGAUCCGAAAACAUCACAGAGCGUUGAUGCUCUCGAACCAUCCCGAUCGAGGGGGCAGUCCUUACCUGGCCAGCAAAAUCAACGAGGCGAAGGAGUUUCUUGACCGAAACGGGUGA